AUGGUGGAUAGUCCUGGAUUUGACCGGGUUUUAAGUAAGGUGGAGGUAUUGUCAGCAGCCCCUGGGAAAGUGGUGUGUGAGCUGAAGGUGGAGGAGGAGCACACUAACAGAGGUGGCACUCUUCACGGAGGACUGACAGCCACACUGGUGGAUGUGAUCUCCACCACUGCCAUCAUGUACAGUGAGAGAGGAGCUCCGGGGGUCAGCGUGGACAUGAGCAUAACAUACAUGAAUGCAGCUAAAAUUGGAGAAGACGUCCUGAUCACAGCUCAGGUUUUAAAACAAGGACGGACAUUGGCAUUUGCAACAGUAGAUCUCACCAACAAGGCGAAUGGAAAACCCAUUGCUCAGGGAAGACACACUAAACACCUCGGUAGCUGA